AAUAAAAUACAGAAAGAAUUAUUAGAAUUAUAUAACAGAGUAGGACCCUGGAUUUGACAAAUUUCCGAUGAUCUGACUCUAAUCUUCUCCAUCUGACCUGUAAUGGCCCGACGAAACCAUACGACGGAGCUCGGAUGCAUAGCCUGCGACGAUUUGUCGGAGCUCGGCGCCGGCAAAGAAGGUUGGCUUGUAAACAACCCUAAUCUCCUAACUGCUCUCGACACUCAUUCAAUUGCAUUAGCCAACCGCUCGCUUGUUCUCAUUCUACAUUGGUCCGAAGGGUCCGACCCGGUAGGAAACCGGGUGAAGAUUGUACCUGAUCUCUCUCCGAUCGAGGCUGAGUAUAUAUCUGCGAUCGAGUGGUUAGUGUUUGAUGAUAUCAAAGUUUUAGCUUUGGGCACUUCUCGUGGGUAUUUGUUGAUUUAUUCUCUCCGUGGUGAUCUGAUUCAUAAACAGAUAGUAAGCCCUGGAAAGAUUCUUAGAUUGAGAGUCCGUGGUACCAAGAGAGAUCUAACCCAAGAUGCAUCAUCAGAAGAGGUCUGUGUUGUUAUGUCAGGUGUUAUUGCUCGGUUUGAUGGAUCAGACAUUCAGAAUAUGCUUCAGAGGUGGUUUAGAGAAAGACACUCUCAGUUCUGGGAUGAGAGAGAAUCUGAAAAUUCUACAGAUACUUUUGGGAGGCUUCCAUACCAGCUAUGGAAUGUUGGUAAAUAUGGUUCUUGUGUUGAUGCUGCUAUCACUGGUCUGAUGCCCCCUCCUCUGCUGGAGCUACAGUCAAGUCAGCGUUAUUAUUGUGCAAUCACUGUUGGAGCUGACGCUGUGAUUUCUGCUUAUCGACUUUCUGUAGACCGAAGCAGAUCAAUAGUAGGGGCUAUUCUCUCCAAGGUUGUGCCUGCAACUUUUUCAACAAUAACUUCAAUCUCAAAAAUGUUAUGGAGAAGUGAUCCAUCUCCUACAAAAAGACCAGAACCAAAGCCUCAGCCUUUUGCUCGAGCUUCUCCUUUGACUUGCUUUAAGGAUCAUCCUAGAAAAGGGGAGAAGCUCACGUUAUCACCUAGUGGUACUUUGGCUGCAAUAACUGAUUCUCUGGGUCGUAUCUUACUCUUAGACACUCAGGCCCUUGUGGUGGUCCGUUUGUGGAAGGGUUAUCGUGAUGCAAGUUGCCUCUUUGUUGAGAUGCUUGCUAAGAAAGACAUUGAAACGUCUAGAUCUGCUUACCAUGAACACGUGAAAAGUGAUUAUUGCCUCUGUCUAGCGAUUCAUGCACCACGUAAAGGGAUUGUGGAGAUAUGGCAGAUGAGGACUGGUCCGCGUCUUCUAACUAUUCCAUGUGCCAAAGGUAGCAAGAUUUUGCAGCCUACAUACAGAUUCGCCUCAUCAGAAGUGUCUGUGUCUUCUUAUGUACCUUUGGAACUUUUCUUUUUGAAUGGAGACUCCGGUCUGCUCUUCGUCUUGAAUCGAUCUCUUAGUUGACAUUAUAUAUUAAAUUCAAAAUAAUACAAGAAAUUGCAGGUAAAGGCCUUGGAGCUGCCUGUACAGAAUGUAAAUUUCAUUUGUUUUGUAGCUUUUUUAACAACACCCCAAACUUCCAAAGGAAAAAAAGGAGGUAAAACGUCCCAAAGUUAUUAUUGUAAUGUUAUCAUAUUUUUUUAAUUUAAA